CUACAACUGGGCCAAGUACAACAACCGUACCAGUAACAACAACAGGACCCGUUAGAACAACCGGACCAGUAACAACAACAGGACCAGUUACAACAACAGGACCAGGAACAACAACAACUGGACCAGUUACAACAACCGCACCAGGAACAACAACUGCACCAGGUACAACGACCGGGCCAGUAACAACAACAGGACCAGGAACAACAACUGGACCAGUUACAACAACUGCACCAGGUACAACAACUGCACCAGUAACAACAACUGGACCAAUUACAACAACCGGACCUGCAACAACAACUGGACCAGUAACAACUACUGCACCAGGUACAACAACUGGACCAGUUACAACAACUGGACCAGUUACAACAUCUGGACCAGGAACAACAACUGGACCAGUUACAACAACUGCACCAGGUACAACAACUGCACCAGUAACAACAACUGGACCAAUAACAACAACCGGACCUGCAACAACAACUGGACCAGUAACAACUACUGCACCAGGUACAACAACUGGACCAGUUACAUCAACUGGACCAGUAACAACAACUGGACCAGUUACAACAAGCGGACCAGCAACGACAACUGGACCAGUUACAACAACUGCACCAGGUACAACAACCGGACCAGAAACAACAACUGGACCAGAAACAACAACUGGACCAAUUACAACAACUGCACCAGGUACAACAACGGCACCAGUAACAACAACUGGACCAGUUACAACAAGCGGACCAGCAACAACAACUGGACCAGUUACAACAACUGCACCGGGUACAACAACCGGACCAGCAACAACAACAGGACCAGUUACAACAACUGGACCAGUUACAACAAGCGGACCAGCAACGACAACUGGACCAGUUACAACAACUGCACCAGGUACAACAACCGGACCAGAAACAACAACUGGACCAGUUACAACAACUGCACCAGGUACAACAACUGCACCAGUAACAACAACUGGACCAGUUACAACAAGCGGACCAGCAACUACAACUGGACCAGUUACAACAACUGCACCAGGUACAACAACCGGACCAGCAACAACAACAGGACCAGUUACAACAACUGGACCAGGAACAACAACUGCACCAGUUACAACAAGCGGACCAGCAACAACAACUGGACCAGUUACAACAACUGCACCAGGUACAACAACCGGCCAAGUAACAACAACAGGACCAGUUACAACAACCGGACCAGGAACAACAACUGGACCCGUAACAACAACUGCACCAGGUACAACAACUGGACCAGUUACAACAACUGGACCAGGAACAACAACUGGACCAGUUACAACAACUUCACCAGGAACAUCAACUGGACCAGUAACAACAACUGCACCAGGUACAACAACUGGACCAGUAACAACAAUAGGACCAGGAACAACAACUGGACCAGUAACAACAACUGCACCAGGUACAACAACUGCACCAGUAACAACAACUGGACCAGUUACAACAACCGGACCAGCAACAACAACUGGACCAGUUACAACAACUGCACCAGUAACAACAACCGGACCAGUUACAACAACUGCACCAGGUACAACAACUGGACCAGUUACAACAACUGGACCAGGAACAACAACUGGACCAGUAACAACAACUGCACCAGGUACAACAACUGGACCAGUUACAACAACUGCACCAGGUACAACAACUGCACCAGUAACAACAACUGGACCAGUUACAACAACCGGACCAGCAACAACAACUGGACCAGUUACAACAACUGCACCAGGUACAACAACUGCACCAGGUACAACUGCACCAGUAACAACAACUGGACCAGUUACAACAACCGGACCAGCAACAACAACUGGACCAGUAACAACAACUGCACCAGGUA